AUAAGAGUUAUGAAUAAGGAUGCACGGACUGCUAGCUUCUGUGGUUCAUAGUCGUCCAUCAUCUAAUCGAUAAUCACGCCCGACAAUUUAAACGAGCAAUCGGACUAUCUCGCUACAAUGGAAAGCUUGAGAUCUGAUUUCGGUAGCACGGAAGCAGAGAUGCGGCAGCUCCAUGUUAUGAUGGUUCCUUGGCUUUCAAAAAGCCACAUCAGAGCCUUCUUAGAGCUGGCCAAAAAAUUGGGUGCUCACGGUCUCAAGAUUUCCUUCCUCUCCGCUCCCCUCAAUAUCAGAUGGAUUAGGCAGCAGUUACAGCCCAUCCCUGAAAUCGAUCUGCUGGAGCUUCCGCUGCCCUCCAUAGAUGGACUCCCGGAAGGCGUUGAGUCAACUGCAGAUUUGAAGCGUGGAGGAACAUUUGGCCUACUUCUCAAAGCCAUGGACGAGUGGGAAAAGUCAUUCGAAGCCCUUUUGGAACGGAUUUCACCGGAUUUAGUAAUCCACGAUAUGACACAGUACUGGGUUUCUCCCAUUGCCGCCAAAAUGGGCAUUCCCACCAUAUUUUUCGUCAUAACGUCUGCCUCCAGUACAGGUUUCCUUCUAGGCCAAGAAGCCACCGUUGUAGAGAAAAGUACAAUAGUCCCAGAUCUGACAGUGCCGCCCCCUGGUUUCCCCUCGGCGCACGUCCGCCAUUCAUCUUUUGGGGCACGGAAGCACAGGGAUAUAUUCCAAAAGAAGGAAGGGCACGUUAAUAUGCCAGAGCGGUGGAGUAUGUGCUUUAAGGGUAGCUGGGUGAUAGCCUUCAAUUCAUGCGUAGAAUUAGAAGGCAAAUACUUGGAAUAUCUAGAAAGGACAACCGGCAGGUCCGUGCUUCCCGUGGGGAUGCAGAUGCCCGAUCUAACGCCGCUACCGGCAGAUGAGCGUUGCUUGGCCUGGCUGGAUGUGCAGAAACCCCAUUCGGUGGUGGUGGUCUCCUUUGGCAGCGAAUGUAUUCUCACCCAGCAAGAGCUCGCUGCCUUGGCACUGGGCUUAGAAGAAAGUAAGCUUCCUUUUCUCUUUGUUCUUCUCCACCAGAUGGCUGCUGCGUUGCCCCACGGUUUUGUAGAGCGCACGCAAAGAAGAGGACUUUUGGUGACGGAGUGGGCUCCUCAGUUACACAUUUUGGCCCAUUCUUCUACAGGAGCGUUCCUCAAUCAUUGCGGUUGGAUCUCAGUGUCUGAAGGAUUGAGGUUUGGGGUGCCAUUUGUUACUCUUCCACUGCAGUACGAACAGGGCUUAAAUGCUAAGCUCAUAGCCCAGGAACUCAAGUUGGGGGUGGAGGUCAGGAGAAAUGAGGAGGAUGAUUCUUUUUCCAAGGAAGACAUCUGUAGAGCUGUUUGCACAUUAAUGGUGGAAGAGGAAGGUAGACAGAUCAGAUCUCGCGUUCAAGAGAUUAGUAGAGACUUGACCAGGAACGAUAGCCAAAUCUAUCGGGCAAACAUCCAAAGUUUCGUUUCUCUAAUCAAACAAAAGGUGUCCUGCAAAUAGGCUUUUUACUAGUACCAGCACUGAUCAAUUGGUAUGAUAGCAUCAAUAUUUACGCUUGUAUCACUUAAAAUAUUAAAUAUUUAAGACUUUUAAAAGUGUUCAUGAUAAGUUAUUGGAUUUUAAUAGAUGAACUUAAUUGUUUUUAUGAA